AUGUAUGGUUGUUAUUUGACAUCUGAUGAUGAUAAAUUUCUUGAUUUAAUUACUGAUGAAUUAGACAAAUACAAUCUAUUGAAUGAUUCGUCCUUUAUUCUUCUUUUUCCACCUUUAUCAUCACGACAUCGAUUAUUAUUACAUCGUCUUCGUGAGAAAAAUUAUUCUAAUCUAUUUAGUUUUUCUAUCGGUGAAGAAAAAACUACUCGUCGAGCAAUAAUUUGUUUGAAAUCACAAGUUAUGGAUGAAAUAAAUAUAACACCAUCAACCACAACGCUAGUCCCUUCAAACGGUGAAUCUUCAACGAAACGUCGUCCAGAUCAAGCUUUAUAUAAGCCACCACGUCGAAAUAAAAAUUCCGAGAAUUCUAGUCCAAUUGCUACACCACCACCAGCACCGCCGCCAUCGACGACGUCACCUGAAGAAGUUCAACAAAAUAAUAGUACAACUAAGUCGACGAAAAGUAAAACAGCUCGUCCAUCAGCUGAACCUUAUGUUCCACCGUCCAGACGUAGUCAACUGGUGAACAAAGAACUACUUUCACCUUUAUCUUCAUCUGCAUCAUUCACUCCUGAAAAUAAAAAAGAAGAUGGUGAAGUGGAGGAAGAAGAAGAAGAAGAAGAAGAAGAGGAAUGGGAAAAAAUAUUAGAUAGUAAUGAAAAUCCUCUAUAUAAUGACCCUGUUGAAGAAAUUCAAACAAAAUUCAAAGAAAGUGUUCAGAUAAAAAAACCAACAAAUGACUAUUCUCAAUGGUCAGUCGAUGAUAUACAAAUAAAAGAAGCUGAUUUAGCUCAUGUAGUUGAAGUAUCAAAUUUUCCAUCAACAUUUCGUAGUGAAGAUCUUUCAAAUGCAUUCAAAACACUUACUCGAAGUAUAUUCGAUAUAAAAUGGGUUGAUGAAACACAUGCUCUGAUCGUUUUUCCAGAUGCUAAUAUGGCUUUGGAUGCGCUUCAAAUGGAACAUCCUCUGUUAAAAGUUUGUUCGAUGUCUCAAGCAUCAUCUGCAUCGAAGAAAAAAGCAAAAAAUUCACUUGAAUUUCUUCAACCGUAUAAAACUCGACCGCAAACAUCAUCAUUAACAGCUAAUCGUCGUAUAUGUGCUGCAUUGGGUUUAAAAAAUCCGAUGAGUAGUGAUAAAACUAAAACUGAACGACAAAAAAUUGAAACAGCUAGACAACAAAAAAUUCGUGACAAAGAAGAACAAAAAACAGUUUGGGAUGGUGGUAUUUUAUCUGCUACAUCAACAACAUAA